AUUUUGCUCGAGGGCACGGCCUAAGCAGGCCGGAUGAGGCCAUGUUAAUGCGGGGCAGUCCCAUCUCUGCGUGACAGCGAGGUGCUGGAAGAGCAGAACGGAUAAGAGAAGAGGAGGUGAGAGGAGCUGUAGUUGUACACCGCAAGAGGCACUGAGGGAUUCGGGAUGACGAGAUGAAGCCGUCAGUGUCCCCGGAAACGAAGCGGCCCCAGACGAAUUUCUGAGUCACCGUCGCGAGAAAGCAGGCUGAGCCGCCAUCUUGAAGCCUGGCAAAUCUAAGCAAGAAAUGCUGUUGUGUUGGAUCUUUGCCAGCGUUGUUGCUGAAUGUGGGAGCAGGUUGGAGGGAGAGAGAAUCCAUAUACACUAUGGGCUAAUUAAGCCCAGUCGUCUGCCAUGUUGUUAACAGGCACCGAUUUCCUCCAUUUUUGUCGAAGACGUUUAUUGUGGGUGAGGGACGUCAGGUCACUUGCCUUAGUUUACCGUAUUCAUUAAUGAGCAUUGAGGGCUGCCAUUAUUGUUAGGGGCAAAUGGAAAUACCUAGGCACGAAAACUAAAGCCUGCCUUUCGCCAUUUUUCUUAUGGGCACGCUGCUGUCGCGAUUGCUCACUAGUUCCGACGAAGCCCCUGUGGCCGCCAUCUUGAUCUCGGGCGGCCCGGAUAAGGGAGGCGGAGUAUGCGAAGAGGAGGCGGGGUAACUACACGGACGUGACGCAAGGCGCCGCCAUGUCUUUUGAGGGCGGCGACGGCGCCGGGCCGGCCAUGCUGGCUACGGGCACGGCGCGGAUGGCAUCGGGGCGUCCCGAGGAGCUGUGGGAGGCCGUGGUGGGGGCCGCUGAACGCUUCCGGGCCCGGACUGGCACGGAGCUGGUGCUGCUGACCGCGGCCCCGCCGCCACCGCCCCGCCCGGGUCCCUGUGCCUAUGCUGCCCACGGCCGAGGAGCGCUGGCAGAGGCGGCGCGCCGCUGCCUCCACGACAUCGCGCUGGCGCACAGGGCUGCCGCCGCCGCCCGGCCUCCCGCACCCCCACCGGCACCACAGCCACCCGACCCCACACCCAGCCCGCCCCAGCCUGCCCUGGCCAGGGAGGACAACGAGGAGGAUGAGGAUGAGCCCACAGAGACAGAGACCUCCGGGGAGCGGCUGGACGUCGGCGAUAACGGAGGGCUCUUCGUGAUGGAUGAGGACGCCACCCUCCAGGACCUUCCCCCCUUCUGUGAGUCGGACCCCGAGAGCACAGACGAUGGCAGCCUGAGCGAGGAGACCCCCGCGGGCCCCCCCACCUGCUCAGUCCCCCCGGCCUCAGCCCUGCCCGCACAGCAGUACGCCAAGUCCCUGCCUGUGUCCGUGCCCGUCUGGGCCUUCAGGGAGAAGACGACAGAGGCACGGUCAUCCGACGAGGAGAAUGGGCCGCCCUCCUCGCCCGACCUGGACCGUAUCGCGGCGAGCAUGCGCGCGCUGGUGUUGCGGGAGGCCGAGGACACCCAGGUCUUCGGGGACCUGCCACGGCCGCGGCUUAACACCAGCGACUUCCAGAAGCUGAAGCGGAAAUACUGAGGCCCGGGGCAGGAACGUCCCGGGCCGCGUCCGCCCCGCCCCACACUUCCCCGCCCCAUGCCCGGGGCCCGCCAAGCCGAGGCCGAUCUGGGAGCCCCCCCACCCCCAGGAUUGACCCGUCUCUGCCAAUCCCCGCUGCCCUUCCGGCCUGCGACUUCCAGCGCCGAGGAGCGGGAUAUGUCCCUUUUCUCGAUUGCAUCUGUCGCCUCUCUCUGCCCAGCGACAGAUUCCUUCUAUUAAGGGAUUGGCUCGCUCCGUUCUAAUCCCUAAACGGGUCAACUCCGUUGUUUUCUGCCUAGCGACAAGGCCUUUGCUCGCACGGCAUUGGCUCCAUCCCCUAGUCGCUGAGCAGCUCUUUUUUUUUUUUCGUUGGCUCGGAUCUUGUAAAGGGCUUGAGUUCUCCCUCCUGAUUAGCUCCAGCUCCCUAGGGGCGUGGCCAAGCCCUCCUGUUCCCCAAAUUGGCCUGGGGCCUUCGAUUUACGUUCUUCACACUACUGGGGCUAGGGUGGUUUUUGCCCAAGUCCUGACAGCUUGUCCCCUGACCCCCUCAGGGAUGGCCCCAAACUGUCCCUGCGUCUGACACCCCCUUUCAUUGGUUCCAUCCAUCGCCACAACAGCCUGCCAAUCGAAGCCCGUCCCUGCAUCCAGGAUGGUACCAGCUCCCGACCCUCGCUCCCCACCUCCACAGGUGCCUUAAAGGGCCCUCGUCCACCCAAGGCGGGGGGCAGGGGGCCUCACUCUCCGGCCCUGGUGUUGGGGAGAGAGUGAGGGGUUGGGGGACCGGCAGUUGGGAAGGGCGCUCUGAGAUUAAAGAGUUUUACCUCUGACAGAUAAA